GAAGUUCUUCAUCUGGCGGCUGCGAUGCAGUUCUCUGGUUUUCGAAGUGUGGUUGGGACGAUGUGGCAAAUGAGCGAUGAAGAUGGGCCGACGUUUGCCAGUUUCUUCUACCGUGCGAUGUUUGCAGAGCAAGGUGAAGGAAGCUUGGCGCAUUCGUCAGAGAUCGGCUUUAAGAGGGCUGCGCGAGCGCUGUGUUUUGCUACGAAGGAGCUGCGUCGCAAGAAGGUUAGUCUGGAGCGAUGGGUCAAUUUCGUACAUAUUGGGGCAUAGGUAAACUGAGAUGUUCCUUCGUAUCCCUGGUUUUAUGCCAAGAACCUAUACCAAGCUUAGCCCUUCUCUUCCUGUAUUUGUAUAGGGCGUGCAAGUAUAUUGUCUCAGAAC